AUGCUCGCACGCCUACACCUCCUCGCCCUCCUCUCGGCCCUCGCCUUCCUCUCGACGACCGCCUCAGCCGCCGCCCUCCUCGAGCAACCUUCGAACUCGACUUCGCCUGCCUUCCAGCUCAACCUCGCUCGCCGCUUCUCGUCGACGGUCGCACAGCUCAAGAGUCGCCGUGGAGGAUCGGACAAGCGGAGCAAGGUCGGACUUGAGGGACCGAGGAAGCGCACCGUUUCCGACGAGUUGAUCGCGCUGAUCAAGGCUGCAGGCGCACCCUUCAUGGCCGGCGCCUCCGCCCACGCCGCCGCCGGCGCCCGCCCUUCCUCGACCUGGGCGGCCGAAGGUCAAGGCCAAAGCUACGGUCCCUCGCAAUGGGCAACCGCGACCGCCGCCGCUCAGCCAUGGAGCAGCAUGGGACCGUCGCAACUCGCUCACGCCGCUUCAGCCGGACAAUACGGACCUUCGCAAACCUGGAACGCGCCCGCCGCGACGACCACCUGUGCACCCGAGUCGGCCUCGUCGCACCAUGCUCAGCCGUCUGCGACGUGGGCUGCUGCUCCGACGGGCGCUUCGCAGGCUGCUGCUGCUGCCGGGACGGGAAACGCCGCGCCCCAGCCUUCGGCACUUUGGGACGGUACCGGCAAGGCUGCAAAGAUGAUGGAAUACGUCAAGCGCAGGAUCGAGCAGGAGCCGUGGGAGAUCCUUGACUCGAGGCUCCUCUGCCCGUUCGGCGAGACGGCUUGCCCCAUCUUCCCUCGCGGCGGUACCUGGGAGUGCGUUGACACCAAGACUGAGCUGCAGAGCUGCGGCGGAUGCACCUCGAAGGGCCAAGGCGAAGACUGCACGCUUAUCAAAGGCGCGCAGGGUGUGACCUGCGAGUCGGGUCGCUGCACCGUCUACACUUGCGCGAGCGGCUACGAGCUCGACACGGCGUUCAAGCGUCCGGGCGGCGGCAGCGGACGCUGCAAGAAGGCCAAGAAAUCCAAGCGGGCAUGA